UAUAUUCCACCGCUUUGGCUACCACCUACUAUGCUUGUUUUAUGGCAUUGACCAUACGGUAUUUGGGUGAGGUCCUGCCCUGGACUUAUUGCCUUGUGGAAUGGGGCAGCAGCUGUGUGGCCACAGGUGAAACAGCAGUCAAUGAUAGACAAACAGUACUCAGGGAACCCGAAACUUUGGGGAACAAUGGUCUAGGAACUCCCAGCUGGGAUCUAGUAUUGUUCCACUUAGACACUUGGGUUAUCAUCGGAACAAUUUUGUCUAAAGGCACUACAAGCUCAGGUAAAGCUUCUUAUAUUUUGGCCCUUUUUCCCUAUGUUAUUAUGUUAGUCACUUUGAUCCGCGCUGUUACAUUGCCAGGAGUCUGGCAUGGAAUUGUGUAUUUCCUAAAGCCACAAUGGUCUCAGCUGCUGAAUUCACAUGUUUGGUAUUCGGCCAUCACCCAAAUGUUCUUCUCGUUGGCCGCUUGCUUUGCCACCCUGGUUAUGUACGCCUCCUUCAAUGAAUUCAACAAGAAUGUGCACAAGUAA